AUAAAUAUUCAUUUCGAAUUCGUCCUCAACCGCAACCGCAACCCCACCCACUCCCCCGCCCGAGUCAUUUGCCCUCUUCUUCCCUUCCCCAAAUCUACCCCGACGACGGGGUCUUUGGCGCACUCCACCGGAAAACGCUCUCUAUCUCUCACUCACAAACGCAUUGACACAGUGGCUAUCUGACGAGUGGGUCUCAGGCACAGUUUUGGAGCUCGGUAUUACACUUUAAAAUAGCUAGAUGGGCAAAGAGGAAGAUGAAAGGUCACCCAAGCCUUCUACAUCGAUGUCGUCAAUCCAGGAAUGUUAUAGUCCGGUAAAUCCAUACUACCCGCCAUUUAUGAUGCAUCCAAAUACAUAUAUAAAUCCAUAUCCAAAUCCACAUCCGUUUCCUUGGGAUAGCCAGCAUCCAUCGAUGCCACCUCUUGGACCAACUCUACCCUACCUUUCGCCAAGUAAUCCCGAGGAGUUAAGAGGAUCUCAAGAGACUAGUGAACAUCCGUUGAUUCCACCUCUUAGACCAACUCUACCCUACCCUUCGUCUGGAAAAAAUUUGGAGUUAAGAAGAUUUCAAGAGACUAGUCAGCAUCCCUUGAUGCCACCUCUUGGAUCAACUCUACCCUAUCACUCGUUGAGUAAUCUGGAAGAGUUGAGAAGAUCUAAAGAGACCACACAACGCGUAAGUGAUUUGUCCAACAUGCCUAAUAGUGUAGAAAGUGAGAAGAAUGUUGGAGGUACAUCACACACAAUUGAUCAAAGCUAUCAUAUUAGUAGCGAGGAUAAAGAAACAACAUCCGAUGUAAAUAAAGAGGCGGAGGGGACUAAUGAUGUAUCUGAUGAUGAUGAACGAGUUGAAAUGCCAAAAUCUGGUAUGGAGUUUGCUACUGAGAAAGAGCUUUUGACUUAUUACAAACGAUAUGCCAAACAAGUAGGUUUUGGUGUAAGGACACAAAGAACGAAGUGAGAGGCAGACGAGAGUGCUAAGUAUGUCACAAUUGGGUGUGCGCGUGGUGGCAAGUAUCAUCCUAGCCAUGGUAAUGUCUCUAGGUCACGACCAACAAUUAAAACAGACUGUAAGGCGAAGGUAAAUGCUCACUUGGUAAAUGGGGUAUGGGUUUUGACCACCAUUGAGAUUGCUCACAAUCAUACUGUAAGCCCACAAAAGUCUAGAUUUUUUAGAUCUCACAAGUUUUUAGAUGUGAAUGACAAAACAGGUGUUCAAAUGAACAAAAAUUUCAAUGAUGUUGUUGUUGACGCGGGGGGGUUUGAGAAUGUUGAAUUUGCAAAGAAAGAUUGUCAAAACUUUAUUGACAAAGUCAGACACUUAACGCUUGGUAAAGGAGGUGACAAAGCACUUAAUGACUACUUUGAUAGAAUGAGAGAGAUGAAUGAUGGUUUUGUUUCUGUUAUGGAUAUGGAUGACGAGUUUAGAGUAAAAAAUGUGUUCUGGGCUGAUGCACGCAGUCGAGCAGCAUAUGAAUAUUUUGGAGAUGUUAUUACCUUUGAUACGACAUUUCUAACAAAUAGGUAUGGUAUGCCUUUUGCUCCAUUUGUUGGUGUAAACCAUCAUGGACAAUCUAUACUGUUAGGGGCUGGCUUGAUUUCAAGUAAGGACACAAGUACGUUUGUUUGGUUGUUUCGAGCAUGGUUGAAGUGCAUGAAUGGUCGGGCUCCCAAAGCCAUAAUAACAGAUCAAGAUUGGGCACUAAAGAGUGCUAUUUCUAUUGUAUUUCCAGAUACUCGUCAUAGAUACUGUCUCUGGCACAUCAUGCGAAAACUACCAGAAAAAUUGGGGUCUCACUCUCAAUUCAACGUGGGGCUGAAGUCUUCUAUUCAGAGUGCUUUAUAUGAUUCACAAACUUGUGGAGAGUUUGAGGACAAAUGGGGGCAACUACUUGAUAUGUACAAUCUUAGUUCUAAUGUAUGGCUACGAGGAUUGUACAACGAUAGGUCAUUCUGGGUACCGGUUUACUUGAAGAAUGUUUUUUGGGCUGGUAUGAGCACUAUACAGCGGUCUGAAAGAAUGAAUACUUUUUUCGACGGGUUUGUGUAUUCUGGUACAACGUUAAAAGAAUUUAUUGAUCAAUUUGACAAUGCUUUAAGGAAGAAGGUGGAGAUCGAGGCAACAGCUGAUUUCAAUUCCUUCAACCAAACAAUCCCAUGCUUAUCCCCUUUUGGCAUUGAGAAACAGUUUCAAACGGUGUAUACAAAUGCAAAGUUCAAGGAGGUCCAACGAGAGGUGCUGGGGAUGAUUUGCACACUUGUUAGCACUGAAGGUUGCAUUUCCACAUUUGAUGUUUUAGAUCAAAUUUCCAUCGAUGACCAUGUGAAAAGGGUGCAGUACUCAGUUUACUAUGACGAAGAAGAAUGCGAAGUGAAAUGCACAUGUGCGUUGUUUGAAAUGAAGGGUAUUUUCUGUAGGCAUGCAUGUUCUGUAUAUCAUAUGAAGAAUAUUAAUGUGCUGCCUGAAAAAUAUAUCUUGGAUCGAUGGAGAAAAAACUUAAAGAGGAGAUACACACUAGUCAAAAGUAGCUAUGAUGACUUGCGGGACAAUAUAGAUGCACGAAGGUAUGAGGUUGUGGUGAAAAAAUGUUUGAAAUUAGCGACGCGUGUAUCUGCAAGUGAUGAGCAUUAUAAUGCAUUUUUACAGCAUUUAGAUGAAUUUGAGCAUAAAUGUGAAGGCUUAACAUUUGAGACAAAAUCCUGUUCAACCAAUGUUAAGAAAAAGUGGUAACCAAUGAAAAGAAAAAACAGGUAAUAAUUUAAUUUUAGCAAUUCUAUAUAUAUAUUGAUCAACAUGUAUAUUCCUUUCUAAUAGAUUAGUCUAAAUUUUAUCCUGGAAUUUAGACUCGCAGGAAAAUCUUUGAAGAUAAAUCUCAUUGAAGUGAACUCCUGCUAUCUCAACUUGGUAGUAGUGUUGAUGGUUUUGUUAUUAGAACCCAGUUUAGUACUAUCACACAAUCAACACUAUCAGACAAUGAUUAGGUGUGAGGCAUUUAUUUACCAUAUGUUUCUUAUUUGUUUAAUUGUUUUGAAUCAAUUAUUAAUAAAUAAUUUUGUUUAAUUAUUAACUAUAGAAAAUGUUGAGCUACUUGUGUUGUUUCAGCAAAUAUGAGUGCAAGGACCCUAUGUAACUAAAGACAUGAAUGCGUAUAAACUAUGUGCUCAAAGGUGUCAUUCUAUGGAGAAAACUCAAUGUUGUUUUUGUCAAAUUGUUAUUGUUGAGUAGUUGUAGCAAUGUAACUCAGAAUUUUGUAGGUUGUUAUGAUUUUAGAAUCUGUGUUGUUAUUGUGGAGUAGUUUUUAGCGAUGUAACUCAAAAUUUGUAGAUGAUGAAUUGGUAAAAUCGACCGAACAUUUUCGGUUCGGUUCCAAUUCCUAAUAAUCAAAACUGGUCCAGUUCUGGUUUUGAUA